AUGUUGAGGUCCGUCAAGUGGAAGUUUCUGAAAUCGAUUAAUGAAAUUUCUGGACCGUAUUUGCUUCACUUUGCUGUGGACAAACUUUCACGUCGUGCUUCUCAUCAAUUACACAGACGUUACUUAGAGAACGAUACCACGUGUCUGACAAAGCAGAAGAAAGAACAAUGCCGAGUGACGCUGGAAACACUUAAAAACGACGUCGACUCGACACCUUCCAUUUCGAAGCUAUUGUCGAUAAUUACGCCCUCGACUUCGUCAGAAACGGACGAGACGACUGCGAAGGCCGUUGUAUCAAGCGUAUCUCACACGUUGGUACACGGCUUGAACCCGGAAGAAGAGGAGAAGCUUCUUCCCGACAUAGACGCCAUAUCGCUGCAGCCGACUGCCAGUCACUCAACGCUAUUCGACACUUCGCGCCAUACCAUUACGGACGUUUUCACGAGUGCCACGGUAAGCGCCGAGGAGACGAGGCUGACUACCCCGGUGAUCAUGGAAGUCACAACUGCGCCGCAGAUCAGGGAAACCAUUUUGUCGACAACGUAUAAGAAGGUACCGAAGUUGAUCGAGUGUCCGGGAGGGGACUGUUUCGACGGCCACGCAUCGAUUGAGGCUGUAGAUGAGGAAGAACUGUUUAUGCAGAUGAGCAAGAAGCCGCCCACAUCGGUUGACGAGUUCACCACCAAAAUAAGCCCAAAGUAUAGGAACCUCGUCGAGGAAGAGCCAUUCGUCGAGGAAGCAAGCACCGGAACACCUUUCGAGCACGUGACCCUUCCUUUCUCAGAGGAACUUAGGGAUCGGAGCAACGAGGUCGAAACAGUGACCACAAGCGGCGGGUUGGGCGAGAGGGGUGACAGUGGUGGCGGUGGUUGUAGAGAUUCGAACGACACGUGCGCCUUUUGGGCUUCGAUGGGCGAGUGCGAGAAAAAUCCGUUCUGGAUGAAGCCGAACUGUCAAAGGUCGUGCAACUCCUGCAACGUUCUGGUCGAAGACGUUGACAAAAUUCCGUCGCGUGAAGGGUGCAUAAACACGCAUGUGCUAUGCCAAUUUUGGAAGACGCUUGGUGAGUGUGAGUCAAAUCCGGAUUGGAUGAGGGAGUUUUGCGCUCUGUCGUGCGACGCGUGCAAUGAGCGCGAAUCGUCGUUACCUCACGAACACUUGAACACGAACUGA